GAUUGACAAAGUUAUUUAACCACAAGUCUCUAUGGAGUGGGGAACUCUUCCGGUGGAUUUGCAAGAAGAGAUACUCUCUAGGGUUCCGGCUAAAUCUCUGGCACGAUUGCGUUCAACGUCAAAACGAUGGGAUGCUCUAUUGAAAUCUGGGAGCUUUGCUAAGAUUCACUCUGCUAAUGCACCAAAGGAGUCUAUGGUUACCAUGUUGACCGGUGAUAAGGUUUACUUAGCGAGGUUCAAUCUCCAUGGAAUUAACAACAACGUUGCUCCAUCUCUUAAGUUAACAUCUCAACUAUACCUUAAAGAUCCACACAUCUGUAACGUCUUUCACUGUGAUGGCUUAUUAUUGCUAUCCACCUUUAAGGAGAAUAGACUAGAGAUUUGGAAUCCGUGUUCAGGAGAAACCAAGUUUAUUAAACCUAGAAACAACUUCUUCAAGGAAUCAGACUCGUAUGCUCUUGGUUACGACAACAGAUCUUCCUGCAAGAAAUACAAAGUCUUGAGAGUGGAUCGUCAAGACCCUGUUGGUGGUAUCUACAAUUACGAGUACGAAAUCUAUGACUUCACCAAUGAUUCUUGGAGGGUUCUUGGUGUGACUACUGAAUGGGGUUUAGAGCCAAAUGAUCGCGGCGUGUCUUUGAAAGGAAAUAAUUAUUGGGCUCCUAUAAGUAAGGGGCCGUGGGGAUAUCAUAAAUUCUUACUAUGUUUUGAUUUUUCAACAGAGGAAGUUCAAAGUAUGUCUCUUCCUCAGCCGUUCCCCUACUUGGUUGCAGCUUUAUCAGUGGUUAGAGAAGAGCAGCUCUGUCUGUUAGGUUAUCUUGAUUAUGACGCUGAGCUAGAAGAAUUACAUGUAUGGGUGACAACUAGUAUCGGUUCAGUCAUGUCAUGGAGCAAGUUCUUUACAGUGAAACCCAAUUGGAGUUGGGAUCUGUUUGCUGACGGGAUGAUGAGUUUCUUGGCCGAUGAGCAAAACAAAGUUUUAGUCUGUUGCAAUAACGGGAUCGACAAAAAUUUCUUAUACAUUGUGGGAGAAACUAAUCAGAUACAAGAUGUGGAUGAUCAUUGUUGCGUAACUACGUCAAGAUCAUAUUGCUCGGUUCUUAUGAAUUAUGUUCCAAGUUUAGCCCAAAUCUAAUAAAAUACACUUCUUGUUGAAGGCAAUAGGAAAGCACUAAGCACUUCUUCUGAAUCAUGUUCCAAGAGUUUUUUUUUCUUUCUGUUCCAAGAUUGAC